AUGGAGGAGAGCGACGUGGAAUUGUUGUGCAAGACGCUGCAGGCUGAACGCACAAGGACGAUAUUUGAAAAUAUCCGAGAAGACCUCGGCUACCAGAUCCACCGUCAUCGUCCCCGACAGUGGUUUGGUUUUGCGACAUCUUUAAUUACUGUAUCAACGCCGUCGAUCAGGUUGUCAACAAAGAACUCCAUCUUGACACCAAGGUUGCUAUCUCCUGCAACUGAUUUAGGUGCUUUCCUUUGACAUUAAGGAGAAUAAACGGGGACUUUUACUCCCUCUCGCGUUGAAUGAUCAUAUGUUUCUUCUUGACUUCCCAUCAGUGAUUAGAAUGUAUAAAAUGGCAUUCUUACUUGAUUCUGCAUUCUGCUUGUGAGUGGUCACUAUUUCAUCAGUCAGUCUCUCAGAAGUAAACGAGCUAAGAAGUUUUCUGCUGAAAUUUUUAUCCAUAUAUUUUGGAUUAAAUGGAGCAGAUACGUUGUGAUUCUGACGAUACUCGGGACUAAGCUUCAGAAAACAUGGUAUGGUCCGAAGUUAAAUGUAUUUCUUUCAAAUGUGACGAGAUGGAAAGUAUCAAUGUUUUCCUAUUUUCCUUGAUUUUCACGCUGCUCUUCAUUAAUUUCCAUUUCUUUCGAUUCUUCCCAAAUGGUUCACAAUCGUUUCAAUAUGUCUGAAACCAUUCUCCAAUAUUUUGUAGUUGGGCUAACCUGAAAAAUUAUAGAUUCUAAAAUAAAUAACGAGUUGCUGUCCAUCACCGUUGAAACAGUAGGCGUGCAUUUGCCUUUAAUGGUCUUUUCUUCGCGAGUAAUUCAGUCAACGACAGAAGCAACAUGAUGAUUUUUUUCAAUUUUCCCAAAAAAUCCCGUCCGAAUAUUGUAGCUAUUCGUGUUGUCCGGUCAGUGCAAAAGGUUUUAUUUCAGGGUGUGACUGCUUUAACCAUAAAAUAUGUGUUUGCCUUUACCCUGAUUCCAUUUACUACUAUUUAUACUGUAACACAAUGUUUCAGAUACUAACAUUUCCUCUUUAGUAGUUACUGCUUCAGAUAUUCAUUAAACUUUAGCAUGGACUUGUGUGAUAUGGUCAAGGUUUCGAUGGGAAUCUGGAGUUCAAAACGGAAUUAUGAAAUCGACCCUGAUCUGCAAUAUGCAUUGUGUUCAAUUCAGUCCCUGUCUCAAACUGCAUUGGAUAAGCUGAAAUGUCAUGUUUUAACUCAAAUUUCUCGGUUUUUUUAACUAUCAUGGAAUAAUAAUUCUCCUGAUCUUUCCUUGAAUAUUUUCCUCUUUUUCUAGUUUUCACGGCAUUAUUUUUUUUCCCUGCCUUUUUUCAUCUUCUCUUGUUCAGAAAAUUAGCCAAUGAGUUUAGUUAGAGAAGUAUAGGUUACCUAGAGAGGUCCUUACAAUGAUUCUGAGAUUGGUAACUAAAGUAGGUGGGUUAGUAGACAUGAGCUUGUUUUAUUUGCUUUCUGGGAGUGAGACAUGAUUGGUCCAAUUUAUCUUUAUUUUCCUGAGAUAAUCUAUAUUCUUCUUCUCUUUUUCUGUGCUUUUCACAUAUUUGGCCUCCUACAGGAGUUCUAUUUAUAGUCCUUUUUCCGUGCAUCCCAUUUUGACUCGGUUUUUCUGCUCUGCAAGUCUUUCCCUGGAUAUUAUCCUUUCCGCGUAUGGUCACCAGCUGACCCCUUUGCCUGGCAUGGAAUCAAAGAAUCUCCGGUCUUUCAUUUGCCAACAUCCGUGACUAUUUCUUGCGUGGUGCCCUAUUGGCCACCUUCAGAUUAUUGAUUCCUGCCCUUAAUGGCAUUCAGAUUCUAAUUACUGUUCUCCUUUUCUUAUGUGCAUGUUGCCGUCUGUAUGUCUCCAUUAGCCCAGAGAAAGUUCCUUGUCUGCUCACUAUUUUUAACCUUAAAGGGCUCGAAUUUUUAUGUUUUUAGUUGAUUGGUGAGCUUCUGAUUUAAUAUGGCGAGGAAGAUCAAUCUUGUAAGGUAGAUAAUUCAGGACUAUAGUAAGCUAUUGACUAGAUAAUCUAAGAAUAUCACAUUGGGAAGGGAUACUCAGGAAUUGAUAUUGAGGUGUUCAAUUUUUGGAAAUAGAGAAAAAUUGGAUCUCACUCUGAGCAAUGGAAGGAAAAAAAAAAGAAAUCUGUUUAGAAGAAAAAGAGCACAAAAUAAGGAAAGUGGGAGUCAGGGGCUAAUUAAAUUACUGUGGAAAAUCUAUUGGCAUCCGAAGGAAAAGAUUGGGGAGGCAUGGCCACUUAGUCACUGAGAUGGAAAAGGGGAGGGGGGGAGAGUCCUAUAUCAAUCAAGAGAAGAGAUUUCAGUAUAGUUGCGGACAGUAUGUGAGCAACAAACACAUGACUCGUAAAUGAGUUAUUGUCUUGUGUCCGUAGGGUUCAAUGUCUGCCACUCACAAAUUAGUCUAAGUCUUGGAGAUCCCCCUUCUUUCAUGACUGACAUGGUGUUGAUACGAGAGCAGUUUUUAAGGGUCUGUCUGCUUGUCAAUGGGUCACGGAAAACCUGAAUACCCACGUAUUUGUGUCGGAAAUGGGUGGCUCUGCAAGAAUCUCAGAUCGAUGUCCUAUGUUUCUUUGACACUGGUUCCAUAUAGGACUAGAACUCCCCUGUCUUACCCUGGGUGUGACGUAUUAUCCUUGAAUAUACUGAGUCCAGAUGUUACUUUAAUUGCUUCAUUUUCAAGUUCCGCAAGUUUUAAUCCAGCACUUCAAGUCAGAAAAUUGAAUAAAACAUCAGAUACGGAGUUAAUUUCCUUUGGUGGAGAUUCCCAUGUAGUUAAUUUCUUGGGGCGUAGGAGAUAAUUAUCAAGUUUUUCCAAUCUAUAAAUUUUCUUUUAUUUUUUCGUUAUAAUCACGUUCAUCUUUCGGACUAAACUCGGACUCUGCUGAACAUUCAGAUCAGGUUUGCGACAAAUAUUUUCACUGUCUUUCCAAUCAGCAUUGUCAGAUGAGAACGCAGCCAUCCCACAUGCAUCAAACUGGUUAACUAUUGUUUCUUAUCUUGGUCAAGGUUCACGCAAAGUGAGAAUCCUGGUUUGCAAGCAUGAUCAUUGUUCUUCUCUUUGUGCUUUAUCUGGAGUCGUGAAAACUCAUUGUUGGACCCAAAGUCACCCAUAAACCUCUAGAUCAGAUCCAUCUGUGGCAUGGGAAGUCAUAGAUUUUGUCCACUUUACGAUUGUCUCUGUGCUUUGUAAUAGAUUUUGCGAGCUUUAAUCUAUAGGUAUGCCGACCUCACAUGGUUUUUAAAGCCAACUUGUUCUGUCUACAAUACCAAUCCAGAUGAUCCUCUUCCUACCUGCGACUUUGUGGAAUGUUUUGGCCAUAUUUGGAAACCCAUUGGCAUUUGAGAUGAUCAUCCAUUAUGACAAAAUUCCCCCUCUUCUGUAUAUUUCCGUGGUAUCUAUUACUCUCAGUUCAUAUGGAGGCGUUUGUUUCUCCAUUCAACAUCUUGGUGAUACACGUUGAUUCCACGACCUGCCACUGACAAACUGAUCACCGUCUUCCUGUGUCGUUUUUUUUUUUUAAUCCAGCACACCGAUGAGAAUGCACCUAGGUUCAAUUCAUGUCGAAGUACAGUCUGCUAACUGCGUGCAUUUGGCUAGAUGUCGGAAGCUUCUGUGAGCAGAAACCGUAGCACAACCAUUGUCCCCGCUGGGAGCGCCGUGUGCCAUGGCUGGGCAGCAUGCAGGGACAUUCUGAGCCAAAUGAAUGAUGAACUUGAUAGAAUGGUAAGGUUUUCCCUUAUGCGUACAUAAUUGACCACACUAUCAUCCAAUCCUCAGUUCUCAUCUCCGCCUUGUUCUACUGGAACAGCAAAACUCUGCCCCUCCUGAGCAUCGUCCUCGACUCUCUGACGAAGUUGGUUCUGGGUUUAUACGUAGUCACCAUUCGGAUUCUUCUCCCAGGUUCAACCUAAAUGUCGAUCGAUCAGUUGUUCUCCUUCCGCAGGAUGAGAUCGGGGGUCACGGCGCUUCCAAGGUAAUCAGAGCCGACCAGAAGAGGUUCUUCUUUGACUUAGGAGGAAACAGCAGGGGCCACAUCGUCAGGAUUUCCGAGGCACCAUUCACGAUGGGUGUCUCUGUUUUUCCUUGUUUAUUCGACUCCAAGAUCCGUUCUUCCCAUUUGGGUUCGUCACUGAUCUCUAAUCUGGGCAGGUGGCCGAGUCCGACCGCUCUUCUAUCAUCCUACCCCUUUCCGGGAUGCAGCAAUUUCAUGAGAUGAUCUGCUACUUCGUGGGGGUGACCAGAGAGCAGCUCAAAGCGGUGGCGAACAGCCGCACAAGUGUACGGAUCUCCUGA